AUGUUGUACGCUUUAGCCACUCCCAAUUCAUCAUUCAAACCCCUGAUUAGAAAAAUCAAAAACUCAUGGAGAUUAAAAAAGUUUAAACAGUUGUAUAUUGAAAAAGGUGGAUUAUCAAACCCACCUAGUACUGAUGCCUCCUUCGUUAGUGAACUGGCUGCUGCUUCCAGUGAUGCAUCUACUGCUUCUGCUCCAUCAGUGAGAAUCCGCAUUUAA